AUGAGAAAGCCCAGUUCUUUUGGUGAUCGAAAGAUCGCUGCUGGUGAUGAGAAAAUUAUUACCUUGUUAGAUUUUAUGAGUACGCAAGUGUUGAAUUUGCAAAAUGAGUUUGCAGUUCUUGGAAGGAGGAUAGAAGUACCUUAUAUACGCUUUACUACAGUCUAUAAGGUUUCCGCUUCCGGCAAAGGUGUGCUCAUUACUGGUUGUGAAGCUCCAAUUGCUUGGUAUUUAGCAAAAAAACUUGACGACCUUGGCUUUACUGUAUACGCUGGAUUUAAUGUGCCAAUUGAGGAAUCGGAUGAAGCAAAAAUACUUAAAGAAGAGACUUCCGGUCGCAUGAAGCUUUUAUAUUUGGAUGUAACCUCGGAAAAAACUCUUUUGGAAGCUGCUUUAUUUGUAUCAGAGCACUUGCCACAUGGUGCCGAUGGUUUGUGGGCUGUAAUCCAUUGCGCACACUGGAUUGCCUUGGGUGAGCUUGAAUGGAUUCCAUUUGCUGUGCUACGUAAAUCGUUGGACUUGAAUCUAUUGGGUUCUAUGCGUUUGACUCAAAUUAUGUUGCCAUUGAUACGUCGCGCAAAUGGACGUGUAGUAUUCCUUACUUCUGGUCUCAAUAAGGUACCUUCCCCAGUGCGUGGAAUUCAAUGUGCUACCCAAGCAGCUGUUGAGAGUAUGGCUGCCUGCUUGCGCCAAGAAAUGCGUUUACGUGGUGUCGAUGUUGCGGUUGUAGCUGCCGGCGAGUUCGCUCCAGGCAACAGUUGGCUUAAUGAAACCGACCUACGUGAACAGGCUAAGGAAAUGUGGUCACAACUUACUGCCGAACAAAAGAAAACAUACGGUGAAGAUUAUUAUGAAGCUGCCAUGUCCUCUGUCGAUAAAUACUCCAAAGAAGUCGCCGAUAUACAACCCACUUUACGUGUACUCAUCGACGCUGUUACUCGCACUUUCCCCAUGGCUCGUUACACACCUGUAACCGCAUCUGACAAAAUUCAAGUCUUUAUGGCUGAACAUUUGGCACCAUCAUUCUAUGAGAUUUUAUAUGCUCCAAAGAAGUAAAGCUGGGCUUACACAAAUUACUAGCAAAACGGACAUGAAACGGUCAUAAGGAUUUCCUGGCAUAAAACGUUUGGAUUUGAUGCAGCCUCAGUAAUUUAAAAAAAAAA